AUGGGCGGCGUGGCCGGGUCGGCGAUCGCUAAUCCGCCAGGGCCCGCGGUGAGUAGGGAAGUCCAGGCCACGGGGCCGAGGUCGGUCGGGGAAGCGGGCGACGGCGGAGAGGAGUGGGUCGCGCCGGUGUUUAGUGGGUUGGGUCUGCUGCCUGUUCCGACGGCCCAGGAGAUCGCUGAAGCCCGCGGGAAGAAGAAGGUUGUCGAGUUCGAUGGGUUGGGACCGAAAGAUGAAGAGCUGAGCUUCGCGGACCAAGAAGGAUGGUGGGCAGACCCUGGGGCCGACGGGCCUGGCCAGAACUGGGUGGCUGACCCUAGGGUGGAUCAGACUGGGCGACCAGUCGGGCCAAUAGCCGGCCGGACCAGCACCAGCGAACCGAGGACGGUUGGACCGAGAUUGGGCGACCUGAACCGGGUCGAACUGGGCCGAACCGACCCGAACUGGGACGAUUCCCACGGGGCAGCUGCUGGAGUGGAGCCGGGGGCGGGUCCGGGCGCGAUCGAUUAG